UAUUUAUGAAGUUAAAUCUACAACAUAGUCCAAACUUCCAGUAGGCAUCUCCGUUACGUUUUCCGCCUUUUCAAUAUAUUUAUAUUUACUGUAAUUUACUAAUGAAUUAUUUUAUUCCCAAAUAUUUCUCUUUUUAUUGUUUUUCCAAAAAAAAUGACUUUAUAUUGUGAUAUGAUUGUAUCACUAUGUCACUCAUCAACAUCAUCGUCCUUCCCCCAAAAUUUUCUGCCUAACAAAUCCCAAUUCCUUACUAGGGUUUAUACUCACCCUCUCUUUUCCCGGAACCCCCAAAUUGUAUAAUUUCAUCUUUUGAUUCCCAUAACUGAUUUCGCUUUGUUUGAAGUUGAUCGCUUUGAUUAUGGGUGUCCACGACGCGAUCAUCAUUGAUUCCGAUUCCUCUUCCGCCGCCGCCGCCGACGACGAUUGUUGCUUCGACGAUGACGACGGCGCUUCCUCCCCGUAUGUUUCAUCUGGCUAUGGUUAUGACGACGACGACGAUGAUGAUGAUGAUGAUGUUGAUAUGAAAUUGCCGGAGGAGGAAACAAUUCAGCCGAAUCGGGUCAGCAAGUCCUACUCUUUGUUGACCGAAAACGAUAUCCGAAUUCGUCAGGAGGAUGACAUCAAUAAAGUCUCCUCUGUUCUCUCCGUUUCCAGGGACGCCGCCAGCCUUCUUCUCCGCCGGUAUAGCUGGAGUGUCACCACAGUCCACGAGGAGUGGUUCUCCGACGAGGACAGAGUCCGUAAAGCCGUUGGAUUGUUCAACGGCGGGGACAAAGCUUCCACCUUUGCCAUUCCUUGUUGUUGUGGGAUAUGUUUUGACAGCUUUGCUGAUCGGAAUUCAGUCAUGGCGGCGGCUUGCGGCGAGCAUCCCUUUUGUAAAGAGUGUUGGGCCGGGUACAUUACCUCGGCUAUCAAUGACGGGCCGGGUUGUCUGGCCCUUAAUUGCCCCGAACCGUCUUGCAACGGAGCCGUGACAGAAGGGAUGAUUAAUGAUCUGGUGUCGGAGAAGAGCAAAGAGAAGUAUGAUAAAUAUUUAAUUAGGUCCUAUGUUGAGUUAAAUAAUAGGAAGACGAAAUGGUGCCCUGGCCCGGAAUGCGAGUUGGCCGUCGAAUUUGACACUGUGGGUGCAGUCGGAUUCGAUGUUAAUUGCAAGUGCGAUCAGGCAUUCUGUUGGAAGUGUACAGAGGACGCUCACCGCCCGGUGGAUUGCGACACGGUGGCCAAAUGGAUCACCAAGAAUAAUGCCGAGUCCGAGAACACGACUUGGAUACUUGCUUAUACCAAGCCUUGCCCCAAAUGCAAGCGGCCAAUCGAGAAGAACAAUGGUUGUAUGCACAUGACUUGCCGUGUGCCUUGCAGGUUUGAGUUUUGUUGGUUGUGCUUAGGUUCGUGGGCUGAUCAUAAUAAGAGGCUCGUCGCCGGGGGCGCUUACACUUGUAAUGGUUACCUGGUGAACGAAUCGGGCGAGAAAAGUGCAGUGGAUGAGACUGAGAUGAAGAGGCAGAUGGCUAGGAAGUCUCUGGAGAGGUACACACAUUAUUACGAGAGAUGGGCCGCAAACGAGGCCUCAAGGAAGAAGGCGAUGUCGGAUUUGUGCCAGAUGCAAAAGGUCCAUAUUCAGAGGCUGAGUGACACCCAGCGUACACCAGAGACACAUUUGAAGUUCAUUGUGGAUGCGUGGCAUCAGAUCAUCGAGUGCAGGAGGGUGUUAAAGUGGACUUAUGCCUAUGGUUACUAUUUGCCUGAGAAAGAGAUUGCCAAAAGACAGUUUUUUGAGUUCAAUCAAGGUCAGGCGGAGUCUGGCCUUGAAAGGCUGCAUCUUUGUGCAGAGAAAGAAUUGGAGACUUACCUCAAAGAAGAUAAGCCUCACCCCGAGUUCCUUAAUUUCAGGACAAAGUUAACGGGUCUAACUGCUGUGACCAAGAGUUACUUUGAUAACCUGGUUAGAGCAUUAGAAAAUGGUCUUUCUGAUGUUGCAGGAGGGCGAGGAACGGGGGCUUGUAGUAGUGCGUAUGAUGCAUCGGGGAGCAGCAAAAAGGUUGCAGGACGGAAGCGAAAAACACUGAUAAUCUGAUUUAAUCUGCAACCAUGUAGCACAUGACCCGCAGUGUCGUCGGCCCAAUAUCUGCUGGGAGCUGGUUAUCUAUUAGAGUAUUUAACAGAGUACAGGAAGGUGAAUUGGUUGGGGUUUUUGCUGUUUGAUUUAACUCUUUUUGAAGUAGUAGUACAUUGUUAUUUAUAGCGAUUUAAGUCUGAUAAAUCUGUUUUCUUGUCUAGUGAAGAUGGAUAUGUCAUACUGAACUAUCAGCAUGUUUUUAUUAUAUAAUAAUUAUAAAUGCAGGGCGGGAUUGGUAGGUAGGUGUUCAUCCUGCUUCUUUGUUCGUAAACUUUCGUUUCAUUUUCAGUAAGACCCUAAGAAAACUGGGGGGAAAGAUAGGUGGACUGCUCAAACUGACCUGGAAUGGCAAAUUUGACAGGUGGUUUUGUUGAAAAUGAAUUUGGGACAUUUUCAGUAGGUGCCUUCAGAAUUCAACUUCCAUUUUCUGAUCUUAAGUAUUAGGGACCAGUCAGAAAUCCGAAUAUACUUGCAAUCACCUUCUCAAUGCUCUGUAUUUAGGAAGAAUUUCUGAUUGCCUUUUUUAGUGGACUGGGCCAAGAUAAUCUUCCUCAGUCAAAGAAUGGCGAGAACCUCCAAGGAUCCCUUAACACCUCCAUCCAGAAACCAUGUAUAUCUUUAAAUGUCGGCCUCCUCAGCAAAGAUGAGGAAAUCAGAAAUUAUGAGAUCGGAGAGAAAGAGAGGGAGC